AUGCAGGUCCCCUAUAUCUACGCAAUUGCAUAUAUCUCUGUUCUCGCUCUUGUCAUUAGUUGGCGACUCUAUCAGUUUCUAACUGCUCGGGCACGUGAUCAUGUUUUUGCUGUUCUUUCUAAAUGGCUUGUAUACACAGUCGUUCUGGCAAGAGCGAACGGAAGCUCAGAUAUCACAGUGGCUGCAGGCUUUGUAGUACUUUGUACGUUAGUGGGAAAUAUCGUCAGCGCAGUCAUUGCUAUACCGUCUCAAGCCGACUUCUCCACACGGCUUGCUCGGCUAUGCUUAACGAACCUCGUUGUUCUAUUUUUUGGCGGAAGAACAAACUUCAUCGCCGAUAGAAUUUUUAGACUAUCUCAUAGCGAGUACUACCUUGUACAUCGUUGGAUAGGACGUAUCUGCGUUCUUGAAGGUCUGAUACAUGGGGUCUUGAGCGCUCUUCAGCGUCGCAAGCCAUUACGCGCAAUCGAUAUCACCUUAAUCUCACUUACUGGGACUAUUGCAGUGUGCUCCAUUGUGUACAUUCGACGCAGGCUGUAUGAGCUGUUCCUACAACUCCAUACGAUCGCAUCAGUAGCUCUGCUUGUAUUCAUCUGGCUACAUCUAAAUAGGCCUAGUCCAUACGUCAUUGCAUGCAUCUCUUCCGCAGCAUCUCUUUUCAUAUUUCAAAAGAUUUUGUGGGUGAUUCACUGCCUUUACCGGAACACUGGCUCAGGACCUCGUUGUCAGGCUUCAAUCACUCGCUUCCAAUCAAACGGAAAUCAUAAAGAAGAGGUUUAUCAGGUGUGUGUUGACAUAAGACGACCUUGGCAUGUAACCCCAGGGCAAUUUGUAUAUCUCUCUCUACCCCACUCUCGUAGUCUCGGUUUGGGCUUGCUUGAGUUUCAUCCUUUUAUGGUUGCAUGGGCGUUUCACGAUGAGAAAGACCAAUUGAAAUCGAUAGUAUUGAUUGUUCAGCGUCGCCGCGGCUUUACGCGCAAGCUAGGGCUUACCGACGCCAUCACGCCUGCCAUUAUCGAUGGUCCUUACGGAGGUAUAGACUUUAAAGAGUUAGCCCGCUACGAUAAGGUUCUCCUUAUGUCUAGCGGUACAGGCAUCGCGGCACAUCUAUAUAUGACUCGCCAUCUACUCCUAGCUCACAACCAACAAACAGCGCGCGUGAGAAGGCUUACUCUUCUUUGGUUUCUUGAAACAUCAGAUCAAAUCCAGUGGGCUAAGGAAUAUCUUCAUGCUCUUAAUCAUCUAGAUCAUCGACAGAUUCUGACUAUAUACUUGCUAUGUCCUAAUGAAACGGAAGCAGUGGCGGAAGGUGGAUUUAAUGACUCCAAGAUCACUGAAGCGAGAAUGUUCCCUAUCUCUAGCUCACUUGACAUGGCCAUGUUCAUUGAGGGCGAAUGGGGCGCUGAAGCAGGGAAUAUGCUAGUGACAGUAUGCGGAGAUUCCAAGUUCGAGAAGCGCGCCAGGCUGGCCAUUAGGGCGAGUCCCCAUGAUAUAAAUCUCAGAACAAGUGUCUACCUGCCAGAUGAGACUUACAUGAGUAAGAUGUCGACAUCACGGUACAAAUAA